GUUGGAGGGUCUGAGGGCAAAAUGGUGCUAUUGCCAAACAGCUGAAAUUACUGGUUUGAGAAUGAAAUGAUGAAGAUAUUUUGUGAAUGUGUUUUAUUUGCCUUUGGUUUUAUUUACAGAGGUAUCAUAUGAACAAGAGAUUUUUCUGGAGGCUGAAGAGAUUCAUGUGUUAUAGUAUGUAGUCAUUUACUCUCACUUUUAUUCUUCCUUUCUAACGAAAGUAUUUUUAAAAUAUUUCACUAAGAAGCAUGCAUAUAUUCACCAUGUUUAUCUCUUUGUGAAAAUUUACUUUUAGAUACCUUUUGAUAUAGCCUUAACACAACUACAAACUGCUUUGAACACUCCAGUGGUAAAAAAAAGUUGAAACGUUAAAUCUGCUUAACUUAUCUCUUCUGUGCAAGUAAACGGAAGUAUGAGCUUCAAUUGAAUCAACGGUUAAAAAUUGUAAAACCAAUUCUAUCUAAUAGAGCAAAAUUCUUUGAGAAUAAAAGUCGAGAUGCUUGCUUUCGAAUGUUUGCUUCGAUUUGUAUCUUUUUGGAUUUUACUAGUCAACAAUUCUCUUCUAUCAUUGAUAAUAAACUGAAUGAAUCACGACGUUCCAAGUUGGAUAUUGCUUUAUUGCAUUUGCGUGAAAGUAUAUCAACUGAAAAUAUUGAAGAUGAGCAUACAAACUCAGAAAAACUAAAUAAAACAGUAAAACCUAAAAGUUCAUCCACUGAACAAGAAAAGCAACGACAAAAGUUGAUAGAUAAUCCUGACUUUGGCAUUAGUCCCAUCCAAUCGUCACCUAGAAUAGCGGAUAAGUUAAGCGGAGGAAGCAAACAACUGACAACAUUUCAAACACAGAAUCAUUUAUUGACGAGUACACCGAUUUCAGAAGUCUGUGAGGUGGCUUCACGCAAUGUUAAACAGAAUAAUGAGUUAUUAACACCCAGUAUUACAGAGGUGUCUAUGCCGUUACAACAUGCAGGAGCAAGAAAACCGUCAACAGUGGUUACAAAGAAAGCUGCAGACAAAAGAGUUGUUCAACCAAAAGCUGAGAAUUGUGCACCUCAAGAUUUGAAUUUGUCGUCCGAUCAGCUACGGUGUAAGCUGUCAGAGCAGAGCAAGUUGUAUACAAAUUAUGCAUAUGUAGAAAAAUCCAAAGGAAGUUAA